GUGAGUCUAUUAUAUUUCUGAUUGUUAUAGAGUUUAUGGAAAUUUAGGAAGGGUCCUUUGACCGGAACUGCCUUCGACCCGCUGCCUUUGCCAAGUGGUGUUCCAGUGCCUAUGUGUUUUUGUGGUGAUCCUUGUAAGGUCGAUAAGUCUGAAGAUCAUGACACCUAUCGACAGAGGUAUUGGAUGUGUGCUAACUUUGCAUUUGAGCCAACUAUUGUUCAACGUCGGAUGAAUUUAAUGACUCCUCCACCGCUAUGUGAUUUUGAGCAGUGGAUUGACACAGAAAUAUCAGAGAAAGACAAGAAGUUGUUGGAGAAUCUUCAAAAGUGGGAUGCAGAGGACAAAGAGAGGAUGAAAAAAAGACGAGAGGAGCUUGCUGCCGAGCAACAACGUGAAGACGAAGAGAAAAUGAGGCGUGUUGCUGAAUGCAGGGAAGAUAAGGAGAAGAAGCUUGAGCGUGCACGUCGUGCAAAGGAAGCAAUGGAGGAGAACCCUGAUGCAUUUCGCAAAGGCAAAUGGCCUCGUUGUACUCAGUAGUAUUGGUGUUUUAUUUGAAGUUAUGUAAUAAUGAACUUAUUAUUCAGUAUUAUGUAUUGUCGAACAAUGAUAUUUCGUAAUGAAUUACCUUCAAAU